AUGGCAGUUCCAAAAAAGCGCACUUCUAUAUCAAAAAAGCUUAUUCGAAAAAAUAUUUGGAAAAGAAAGGGAUAUUGGACAGUAUUGAAAGCUUUUUCGUUAGCGAAAUCUCUUUCUACAGGUAAUUCAAAAAGUUUUUUUGUGCAACAAAUAAAAGAUUAA